GCGUACGUGUUUUGCGCUAUAUCCGUGGCGCAGCGGCCGCCGCGGCUCAGCUCCGUACGGAUCAGGUGCAGCUCUCUGCGCGGCAGGUGAGGUCGAAUGCGGCAGAGAGGACCGGAAGAGGUUCGCUGACGGGUGGAUUUGAGUGUUUGUGGCAUAAACGGAACAUAUGGACGACAUGAAGGCGGCCCUGGCCGAGAGCCUCGUCGUGUGGCUGCAGACCUUUAACACCCCCGCACCCUGCAGGACAGUGGAGGAGCUGACUACUGGAGUGGCGAUAUCUCAGGCGCUGCAUCAGAUCGACCCGGCAUGGUUCAGUGAUGGAUGGCUUGGUCGUAUCAAAACAGAUGUUGAAGACAACUGGAGGCUGAAGAUGAACAACCUGAAGAAGAUCCUUCAGAUGGUGGUUGAUUAUUACAAUGAGAUCUUUGCCCAGGAGAUCUCAGACUUCCCUCUGCCAGAUCUGGCCCGGGUGGCAGAGCAUUCGGACCCGGUGGAGCUGGGGAGGCUGCUGCAGCUCGUCCUGGGCUGCGCUGUUAGAUGUGAGCGUAAACAAGAAUACAUUCAGAUCAUCAUGACUUUGGAGGAGUCUGUGCAGCAUGUUGUCAUGACAGCCAUCCAGGAGCUCAUGAGUAAAGAGACCGUUGCCCCAUUUGGAGCGGAGCUGUCAGGGGACUUGGAACAGCAGUUAAAAAAAUCCCUUGAGGACCUUGCUGAACUUUUGGCAGAGAAGGAGGCAUUAGCCCAACGCUGUCAAGAGCUGGACAUUCAGGUGGCUGCACUGCAAGAGGAACGAAACAGCUUAUUGGCUGAGAAUGAUGUCCUAACGGACCGAGCCAAUCAGCUCGACACAUUCGAUGACCCUAGCACACCCUCAGGAAAAAAACACAGCCAGUUGCAGCAACAGCUGGAGACUCUGCAGGAGGAAAACUUCAGGCUGGAGGCCGCCAAGGAUGACUACCGGAUCCACUGCGAAGAGUUGGAGAAGCAGCUGAUUGAGGUUCAGCACCGCAAUGAUGAGCUCACCGGCCUGGCGGAAGAAUCUCGAGCUCUCAAAGAUGAACUUGACGUUGUGAGGAACUGCUCAGAUCGCGUGGUGAUGCUGGAGGCCUCGGUGGAAACGUACAAGCGUAAACUGGAGAAUCUGGGCGACCUGAAGAGGCAGAUGAAGCUGCUGGAGGAGAAUAACAUGACCUACAUGCAGAACACUGUCAGCCUAGAGGAAGAGCUGCGCAAGGCCAAUGCUGCCCGUGCACAGCUCGAGACGUACAAGAGACAGGUCCAGGAGCUACACAGGAAGUUGUCUGAGGAGUCGAGACGAGCAGACACCCUCGCGUUUGACAUGAAGAAGUUGGAGGAGAAGCACGAAGCUGUGAUGAAAGAGAAAGAGAGGAUCAUCAUUGAAAGAGAUUCUCUUAAGGAGAUCAACGAGGAGCUGCGAUGCACUCAGGCUCAACAGCACCAGCUCUCCCAAGCAGGGAUGCUUCCAUCUAGCAGCCCCAGCCAUGAGAACCUGGCAGCUGAAUUAAUACCGAUUGAGUACAGAGACAAGUUCAUCAGGCUGCAGCAUGAGAACAAGAUGCUCCGAGUGCAGCAGGAGGAGUGUGAGCGAGAGAAGAUCGCCACUCUGCAGGCUCAGCUGCAGGAAGCACAUAAGACACAAAGUGAACUGGACACUGAUAACAGAUUGAUCCGAGAGCGGAUCAGUGAGCUGCAGCAGCAGGUGGAGGACCUCCAGAAGGCUCUGCAGAGUCAGGCGUCCAAACCUGAUGAUUCAAACCUGAAGCGGAAACUGGAUGCACACAUGGUCCAGCUGAACGAGGCUCAGGAUGAAAUCAUGAAGAAGAAGGAGCUGCUGGAGGAUCUCCAGCCUGACAACACUCAGAGCUCUUUGAAGGUGGAUGAGCUGAUGGCUGCUUUGAAGAAGAAGGAUGAUGACAUGCGGGCCAUGGAGGAGCGGUACAAAAUGUAUCUGGAGAAAGCUCGCAAUGUGAUCCGAGCGCUGGAUCCUAAAUUGAAUCCCGCCACCGCUGAGAUCCAGGCUCUGAGGAACCAGUUGGCAGACCGGGACAAGCAGAUUAUCAACCUGGAACGUCAAUGUGAGCAGGCAAAGCUGAGAGAGUAUGAGGAGAAGAUGAUUGUCACAGCGUGGUAUAACAAGAGCCUGAGCUUUCAGAAGUUGGCCAUUGAGUCACGCCUCGGCCGCUCCUCCCCCAUUCUGUCCCCUGGCCAGUCCUUCUUGUCCCAGCAGCGGCAAGUCUCGAACGCCCCACGUCGGGCGCUCUCCAUCAGUGUGCCUGCCACUACCUCCAAAUAGACCUCGUCACGGAGCCAAAUAUCUCACCUCUAUUCAAAAUACCCCCCCUCCCCACCAGUGAGCACUCAAGUGACCUUAUACACAUCUGCCCUCAGCGCUCAGGGUCACAGAGCUGAUUGAGAUCGAUUAGCACUUACUUAUGAAACAACCGUGCAAGUCACCUGCCUGUUACAGCGUACGUACUGUCCGUCUGACUACAAGCUGGUCUUGCAUAGAGCACAAACCCACAACCGGCGUUCGCCUCACUAGCUAAAGUAGUGCACCCUGUCCCAACCAUAGACUCAGAGUAUACUUCAUACUGCCAUGUUUUUGCUUUGGCAACUGCAGACUCAGCCAAACAUUAGCUGUAAUCAAUCUUAGCCUUUGCUUUCUCAUGUCCUGUCUCACCUGGUCAGGAAUGAGGUGAAGUGUACAUGGACACUAGAUACAUUUUAUUCAGAAUUGGAGCCUGUAAAAUAUAUGAAUGUGAUUUUGAAUGUUACCUGAAUGGUAUCAGAUGAUUGUUGAUGUAUGUCCACCUGAUCCAUCAUGCUAUGCAGUGAAGUUAGCACUAAUGUUGUCAUCCAGCAGACUGAUAAAAAGACAAAUCCUCUUUAGAUCUCUCUAAGAUAAUGAUUGUUGUAUUUGGUGCUGGCCGCCAACCGCUUUUAGUCAUCAAACAUUAGUCACUUAUCAUUUAUCUUUACUAAAGUGGAAACAAGCCCAUAAUGCAAAGCUGUGAAAAUCCUAUAAUAAGUGAUCAACCUCUAAAGGUGCUGCAACAACAAAUCUCACAGGAUAAAUCCAGGCCUCGUGUAUUUGUCAUGUCUUUAAACUCGUACGUGUGAUUUGACUUCCCAUUCUCCAAAUGAAAAUUUGACGGGCCUUUUUUUAUCUGCUGAAUGUGUUAAAUUUUAUUCAGUGGUGAAUAAUCAGGACUAUGAUAAUCAAUGAAGUUUUGCAGCUGUAAUGCAAACAUGAUUUACCACCAGCUUUGAUCCCGAUGUUGGGACCAGUUCCAGCGUUCACACUGUACAUGCAAAUUGUGACUUGAGAAUUUUGAUUGCUGUAGUCGAUGUAGUAUUUAAUCAUGGACAUGUUGUCGGGCUGUUUCGUUGCUGUAGAGAAGCAGUUGUUCCCUUUGAUAUUGUAGGUUAUUGACUGUCUGAUCUUAUGGAGUUUUGAGUUCAACAGCACCGGUCUCACAACUUGAACUGGCUGUUGAUUGCUUCGUUAUUGUGUGUUUGAAGUAACACUAAAGGGGCAUUCUGUUUCCAUGGUUUUGUGGUUUGCGAUGUACAGAUGUGCGUCACAGCGCUUUUAUUUUAUUUUCUAGUUGCUGACUCAUGUAGAUUGCUGAUUCAAAAACGGUCACAUUUAUAUAAACAUAAGACGCUUAAACGUAGCAACUCACUAAAACCACACGUGUAGUGUCUGAAUUAAGAAAGAUGAGGAAGGCAUUAACACAUUUUCUGGAAUUUAUGGAGUUAAGAUUUUAAAGCCUUUGGCUGUCUUGUGAAUGAAUAAAUAAAUAAAUAAUUUUUCUAAAA